CGGAUGACUGCGUUGGAGUGAAUUGUCAAAAUGGCGGGACCUGCGUCGACGAAGUUGACGGUUACUCCUGCACUUGUGCUCCUGGCUAUGAAGGCGAUCACUGUGAAACAGAUACGGACGACUGCGUUGGAGUGGAUUGUCAAAAUGGCGGGACCUGCGUCGACGAAGUUGACGGUUACUUCUGCACUUGUGCUCCUGGCUAUGAAGGCGAUCACUGUGAAACAGAGACGGACGACUGCGUUGGAGUGAAUUGUCAAAAUGGCGGAACCUGCGUCGACGAAAUUAACGCUUACUCCUGCCAUUGUGCUCCUGGCUAUGCAGGUGAACACUGUGAAACAGGUGAAUACACCACUGCAGCAAGUAAAACCACUAUCGGGACGACAAAUUCCGCAACCACAAUGAUGACCACCAUUCCGACGACACUCAGUGACACUACACUACACUACACUUCACCGAUGAUUACCACUCCGACAGCAGUAAGCAAAACCACGACAGAAAUGCACCUGGCAACAGAGGACCAUCCAUUAAGUACACAUUACGAAGUGCGUCCUGAGGUCAGCAUCCGUCCGUCAGAGGUGCAGGAUGUGGCCGUAGGAGAGAUCAUCACCAUCACGUGCCAUACAACAAGGCGCUUGGAUGAGUAUAACUACCAAUGGACAGUGAAUGGGACGCUUGUACCCACCCAGAGAAGCCCAGUGUUCAGGUAUGAAGCUGUAAGUGGUGUUCACAAAGUCAAGUGCAAGGUGACAAGUUCAGGCGGUGAGACGGAGUCUGAAGACAGUACCGUGACUGUGCUGCCAGAAGGAACCAUAACAUUUACGUCCAGCAUAAGGAUAACUGGUAGAAACUUCACCCCUGAGAUGGCAAAUCCUAAUUCGGAUGAUUUCAAGACCAUCAGCACGGAGAUCAAGGACUGGUACCGCCAGGCCAUGACAAGUGUCCAAGGCAGCAUGUUUAUCAGAGUGAAGGACGCAAAGCCAGGUAGCGUCAUUACAAGUCAGAACAUCAAUUUGUUGAAUCCCGAUCUUCAAGACAACGACCUGUAUGACGACAUCUACAGGGCCCUGAGAACAGCUGUACGAACUCCAGACUCUCUCGGGAUGGAUCCAACCAGUCUUACACUUUUGAGCACAACUACGUGUUACGGCGAAACGGUAUCUGUGACAGACCAGUACUCCAACCGGGUAAAUCUAACGUUUCCAAGCAUUGCAGGAGACACACAUGCCUACUCGAGGGAAAAGUGUGCUAACAACACGGAAAGUGCUGGAGUUCCGUUAGCAGUCCGCAGAUGCACCGGAAGUUUUGACACAGGAGUCAGCUGGAGCAGCCCGGAGCUUUUGGACUGUGGCCUCGACCUGUCCAGACUAGCACAGAUCCCCGUAACUCCAGAAAACGUAGCAGAGGUCGCCGCAGACUUGCAGAUUCUUACUUCUAACGGAAGUUCGCUCAUGGCUGAAAACAUCGCAGAUGCCUCCACUGUACUGGACAAUCUGGCUAAUACGACUGGAGACCAGAAUGUUGGCUACUCCGUGAUGGUGUCUGUUGACCAGAUAAUGAACUCUGAUGAUGAGGUUCUUUACCAGAGUCAAGUCAAGGACCAGUCUCUCUCUAGAAUUGUGCGUGCAAUUGAGCAGUUCAAUGAUCGUGUUAAUCUGACAACAAAACGUUUCCGGCGCGUUGAGCAAAACAUAGGCGUGGAAACCUACAAGAUUGGUGCAGCAGAACUGAUUAACAGUGUUGGAUUUUCAUCCCUUGACGGCAGUGAAGAUCUUGAGGACGGAUCGGUUCGGUCCUAUUCUGACUCCUCUUCCAUCCCCAAUGAUCGAGUAGACGCGUCCAUAGUCUUGCCUGCAGAGCUCGCAUCUACCAUUGCCUUCAUGAGGGAAAAUUUACCUGAUUCCAGUGAUGUGGAGGUUCGUCUGAGUUUCAUCAUCUACCAGAAUAGCCGCUUGUUCCAGUCCAACCAGACGGCAUCUUCCUCCAAAACCAGGGUCAACAGCAGGAUCAUUGCCAGCAGAGUCACCGGGUUUGACUUCAAGAAUCUAUCCAGCCCUGUAGUGACAAGAUACCUUCCUGUCGUUCAAAACAGCACGAACCGCACAGUGGACAACGUCAGGUGUGUAUUCUGGGAUUUUCAAGCUGAAGGAGGGGCUGGUGCCUGGUCAACAGAGGGGUGCGACUUUGUUGGGAUUGACAAUAGCAGGGUCGUCUGCGAGUGUAACCAUCUUACCAACUUUGCUGUUUUGACGGACAUCUAUGGAGGCUUACAGAGCAUUGCCCUGGACCUGAUCAGUAAAGUUGGGAUUGCCCUGUCCAUCACAGGCCUCACUUUAACACUCAUCACCUACGUGAUAUUCAAGCAACUGCGUCAGACAAGACCACAGCACAUCCUCACCCACCUGUGCAGCGCCUUGCUGGCGACUCUCGUCAUCUUCCUGGCCGGCAUCGACGCCACCAGCUCCCCAGUCGGCUGCACGGUGGUGUCGUUCCUGCUGCACUACUUCCUCCUGGCGGUGUUCAUGUGGAUGGCCGUGGAAGCCUUCAACAUGUACCUGGCCUUCGUUAUAGUCUUGGGGGCUCACGUGUCCAGGUUUAUGCUCAAGGCAGCCAUAUUUGCGUGGGGUCUUCCCCUUGUCAUUGCCAUCGUCACAUUGGCUGUGGAUAUUCCCAGCACCUACCCUAACGAGCAAGAGACCUACAGGAGCUCAGAAUUUUGCUGGCUGCAGGGUAACCAGUUGUACUUUGGGUUCCUGUUGCCUGCGGGACUGGUACUACUGUUCAACACCAUCGUCUACAUCGUGGUUAUUAGCAAACUGGUCUGCGGGAGGAACGAAGGGAGAGUUGUUGAUCACAAAAGCGGUGCGACGAAACAGAACCUGCGCAUCGCCAUCGCUGUCAUGGUGCUGGUCGGACUCACCUGGGUCUUUGGGUUCUUCAUGAUCAGUGACGGAAGGAUCGUCUUUUCCUACUUAUUUUGCAUCUUCAACUCCCUGCAAGGAUUCUUCAUCUUCAUCUUCCAUACUCUACGGCAGAAGGAAGUCCAAAACUUGUGGUUCAAGUGUUGUGCCUGUUUUGUGGACGAUGCUCGCACAACCAAGACUUCAGCAGGAAAGUCAUCGUCCAAUCUAGUCGAGUCCAACGAGGAAAGCUACUCACGAGGAGCGCAGAGAGGAAACGCCCCAGAGAGCGUGCCGAUGGAGGUUUAUAUGGAGUAGUGUUUAAGGCACUAAUGAUAAUUAUAACGAUUGUGCUUUCCUCUCCAAAGACCCUUUGUCAUAGAAUGACAGGAGUUUUUUUUUUUUACUUUUACACACAGAUGUAGAUUCGUUCAUUGGGAACAUUAACUUUUCAUUAACCAAACGCCAUGUUGUAUGUCAUCUUAAUCGUAAAUAAUGGUGAAAGAUUAGUGAAUUGUAUUAUUCAAUUGCAUUUAACUUCGAUUAAAAAUCAGAAAAGAUUGUAAACUGAGAGUUUUUUUUUCAAAUGAACAGUAAGAAAAGGUAGGAAUAUGCUCAACGUCUAUUGGUUUAUACUAUGGUGGUGGAUCAUGCGUUCUAUUUUGACUUAGCGAGGUACACCACGGGGCAAUGGUAAUGGCCAGAACUGCACAUCUUUUAUUCAGAUACACGUUAUUUUUAGGGUGCGUUA